GGCAAUUUGAGCUUUUUCUUUUUGCCUACGUGUGAUCACGACCCAACCCUUAAUAAUUACUCGCUAUAUUUAAAAAUUUCGUUACGUUCGAUUAUAUAAAUUGAUGUACAUUCGUUAUCCACAAGUAAAGAAAAAUCCAAUCAAACAGGCAGAGUUAAUUUUUAACACUCUUUUGCGCCUCAAAUAAUAGUUUUUGUAUUCCAGCUCUAGGCUCAUAUAUACUUUUUAUUUUGCAUAUUUCGUAAACAAUUGACUUACGAAAAAAUAUAAGUGGCGGUUGAUUUUGUAAGGAACGAGUAAUACUUGUUCACUAGUUUAGAAGUCUCCCGAUUUUCCUUGUCUUCUGUACGGACUCUAGCAGAGCUUGCUUGACUACUCUAUGAGUACCAUCUCUGGGGUCCCAUUUUAGUAUUUUUAAAUUUGUAAAACAGUAAUAACAGUUUAAGAUGUCUGUCGUUCAAGUCAAUUCAAAUAAAGAUUUUCAGGAUAUUAUUCGGUCGGAUUUAGCAAUUGUUCAUUUUUCUGCUCCAUGGGCUAGACAGUGCACGCAAAUAAAUAAUGUUCUAGAGCAAAUGAUAAAAUCAGCCGAUUUCAAGAAUGUUAAGUUUGCCAAUGUUGUGGCCGAAGAUUUUCCAGAAAUUUCAAUUGAAUGGGACAUCAGAGCAGUUCCAACAACUUUAUUCUUUAAACACACCGAAAUUGUUGCAAGAAUAGAUGGUGUCAAUCCUACAAAAGUUCUUGAGCUAAUAAAUAAGCAGUUAUUAAGAGAUCAAAACGGAUCAUUUAAAUCAGAAAAUUCUGAAGAAAAAAUUAAAAAAUUAGUUAAUCAAGCUCCCUGUGUGCUUUUUAUAAAAGGUACUAAAAUUUCUCCACGUUGUGGAUUUUCAAAGUCGAUGAUAGCACUGGUGGAAGAGCAUAAAAUAAAAUAUGAAAUAUUUAAUGUAUUAGAAGACGAUGAGGUCAGAGAAAGCCUUAAAAAGUUCAGCGAUUGGCCAACAUUUCCACAGUUUUAUGUUAAUGGUAAGUUCAUCGGAGGUUUAGACAUUGUAAAAGAAUUAAGCAAAACAGGAGAGCUAGAUCGUAUGAUACAAACAACUUACCAAAAUUUAGAGCACAGAUUAAAAGAGUUGAUAAAUCAAGCUCCUUGCAUGCUAUUUAUGAAAGGAAACAGAAAUACUCCUCGAUGUGGAUUUUCUAAAACGAUUGUAUCUUUGUUAGAUGAAUAUAAUAUUGACUACCAUACAUUUGAUAUUCUAGAAGAUAAUGAAGUAAGAGAGGGAUUAAAAAAAUUUAGUGACUGGCCAACAUACCCACAGUUAUAUAUUAAUGGUGAAUUUAUUGGUGGAUUAGACAUUGUUAAAGAGAUGAGCAAAACUGGAGCCUUGCAUAAUAUAAUGUCAAGAAAACAGAUGUAGCUGGUUUUGAUGGUGAUAAUCUAUUAACUGGUUUCAUUUGAAAACGAGAAAAGUAAGGCAGAUUAGUACACAAAAAAAUUUUUCUUGUAUUGAGUGCGACUUGCAAUAAAAAUGCCCAUUU